AUGUCCUUGCACAGGCUUAGGAGACGUGUCGCCAUCUUGUGGCUUGAUGGCUUUCCCGAAUUGUCUUGGAAGUUUUCUUGGCGAACUCGUCUCUGGACGUACCUGGGCCACUUGUUGCGGCGUCCUUCCGAUCAUGCAGCUGCUAAAGUCUUUCAGCGCUUUAUGUCUGCCAAGCGAGCGGUGGGAGGUCCCUACAAUACUACCUGGAGUUGGUUUCGCCAGCAGUGCCUGCAGAUAUUCCCCGACUUAGCAUCAGAACUUCCUCCUGACGAAUUCCUUAGUACUGUUUCCCCACGAGCCUCCAACAAGCAGACGUGGCGCGACAGUGCUCUUCGAUAUUUCAAGCAAGUUCAUGAGAUCGAACGACAUCCCAUUCACAGGGAUGUCACGUGGGAAAGCUGGCGUGCCAUGUUGAACCCUCAUGUCGAUUGGGCUGCUACUGUACACAUAGCAUCUCCUCAUGUGCUGAUUUUUCUUGAUGUUGUGGAGGGCAUGCAGACGUGGCGUCUUCAGGAUAACUUCCUGGGUAGUCUCUGGCAUUUCCUGACGCACUUCAGGAUGCUGCGACCUGUCUUUGCCAUUGUCUUCACGGACAACACGACGAUUCAUUUUUCCUUCCCGAACAUCACCGGCUGCGUGGAGAACUGCCCCUACCAGUUCGAGCGCCAAAGCUACUGCCACACAGCUGGCGACGGCCGGGUGCCAGACAGGACUGCUACUGCAGUGCGCGUCGAGCAGCUCAUCGACCUUCGGGGACCUCGUGGGGAUGCCCUUCGCGAUCAGGCGCUCGCAGAUCUCGUCAUGAUCUUGAGCAACCUCACAGCAGAGGAGCUCCUGUUGUCAUGA